AUGACUACUCAGCGAGAGAAAAGGUGGAGCGAGGACGAAAUUUCGGCCGCAGGAAAACGUAUGUGCGAUAUACGACGUGCGCCAUAUUCUGGAGUAUGGUAUGCUGGCGGAAAACUGGAUCUCGAACUCGGAGUCGAAGCUUGCGUGGUGGGGUGUCAGGUCUCGCGGAUGUGGGCUAAAAACUUAAUUUUGAACUUUAACUCUAUGUUCAGAGUCAUGGGGAAGUUUGUAUUUGCGGAUUUUACUGGUCGAGGGGUGGGCUGGUGGAUCUUGGAAGAUGGAGCGGUGGAGAGAAGAUAG